UGCUCGUUUUGAUAUAAAAAGAAAUCAUACCGAAUAAAUUGAAAAGAGCGCCCAUCUUCUUUGGCUUUUGGUGAGAAUCUUGGUAUCGUCUGACGCUGAAAAUGAGGAACAAUCAAGCGAGGUUUAAUGUUGGAUAUGGACCUGGAAAUUCUGCAGCUCAGAAGAAAGAGAAAGUUAAUUUACUAGUUUUGAUCGUCGUAUAUCUUCUCACCUUCCUAGGCCUAACUCUACUCAUCGUUUCCCAGUCAACAACAUCAUGGACUAUCGUCGACAACUAUAAGGAUUUCGUUUAUCCAGAUGAGUACCAAGGCUUAUGGCAGAUAUGCUAUGAUAAGCAAGAAUACGAAUGCAAUCCAAGACUUGGUUUAUCCUGGUUGUAUGUUGUAAGAGUGUUUGAGCUUCUUGCCUUCCUUCUGUUUGCUAUUGUAAUUGGGAUAUAUAUUGCAAGCCACAUCAAUAAAAAUGUCAAACCAAGCCUUGCAGCAGGAUUUUUACUUCUAGCUGCUCUGUUGGUUCUGAUUGCCAUGAUUGUGUACACUGCCAAAGCACCUCUUCCUCGUACAGUGGAUCGAAACCGCAACCCAUAUGUCACAAGAGAGUUCAAAAUUCGAUUUGGUUACUCAUACCUGGUGGGAUGGGCUGGACUCUUGCUGACGUUUAUGGCUGGGAUUGUUGCAUUGAUGCUUCACAGGAGAGUGUAGAAGGGGACCUUUACUACUUGGUAUAAAAACUUGAUGAAAUUCGCUUUCAAGGCUAAUUACCCUUCAGGAACAAGAAUGGCUACAUUUUCAAGCUACACAAUGCACAUAAUAACAUUUUAGUAAAGUGUUGUAUAAAUCUUUUGUAGUUUUAAGUAGAGGCUUGUGUGCAGAACAUAAACAAAAGACUUGUUUUAACAUAAACUGUGCACCAACAUUUCUUUAAGCAACUAAAGUUCUCUCAAGAUUUAAUUGCAGUUUUUGAUAAUAUCAGGCUCCUGAUGAUUUUUAAGGUUUAUGCGAAGCAGUUGUGCCAGUCAAACUUGUUGUGAAUGUAACUAAUGAACAUUUUGUAUUGCUUCAUUUCUUCAGCAUUUAGAAUUUGAAUAAUUGUUUUUCUUCAAGAAUCUAAGCAGUUUUGUGCAAACAGCAGCGCCUAAUAACAGAGAACAAGGCUGCAACAAAGAACUUAUACUAUAAUGUUAUACACUAAUGUUAACUCAAAUAUUUGUUUGUUUAAGUUUAAUUCAUGAUGUCAGAUUUUUUCAUUGACAGAUAAUGUUCAGUCAUUUUUGAGGCAUGCUAUAUAAUAUGGCAUUGCUUUAUUCUUUUUUGGAACUUGUUAAGUUUAUGUGUAUUUUAUAAGCAUGUUAUUUAACUCAUAUGCAA